AUGGCGUCCGUAUACGCAUCGUCCUCUUCCCUGCCACCAGCCGCUGCUAGCUCAUCGAGCAAUGAUCGCAAGCUUGCUGAUGCCUAUCGCGAGGCCGUUAAGCCUGAACACACCGGUGCUCGUUACACCACCGUGCCACCAUUCUUUUCAGACGAACAGCGCUAUCUCGAUGCCUGGACAUCCACUAAGGUGAUCCAAGGCCUUUCACAGAUAUUCCCGCGCUGCCUUGCUGCCGAGGCAGAGCCCCUUCAUCUCGAGGGGCUCUCUACCGAUGCCCUUGCGCAAAUGAUCGAUGCAAAGGAGGCCUCCGUGUCUACGCGUCGUGCCGAGCUUGAAGUCAUGCAGGCCCAGAUCGCUGAAAAGCGCCGUCAAAUCGAUCUCCUCCAUUCACUCAUGGAAACUCAGAAACUCAGCAUCCGGCUUGCAGCGACUCAGUUGAAGGAGGCAGAGUCAUAUGCCCGUGCGCGAGGCAUCGACAUCGAGGCUGAAUUGGCAAAGAAGGAGCGGGCGCGGGAGGAGAAGACUGCCGCUGAAGCUCGUGCUUCAGGCGAGGACGAGGACGAGGGCGAUGAGUCUGACGAGGAAGGCGACAGUGACGGGAGCUCUGUUGACACGGUGAUGGCCGGUCCCGCGGGUGGUCGUGAGCGAGUUGCAAAGAAUGGGAUGCAGCAGUAG